AUGGAAGAGCCGUCAUGGACGCGCAAGCUAGCGCCGAACCGCACGAUAGCGGAGGAAGCGAAGGCCAUUCUUCACGAGCUGAAUGCAGUGAUGGCGGUCGGUCCACGCUGGCAGCUGGACACCUUUCUGGGCGGCACUGCCCGCCUCUGUGCCAUCCAGAAGGCUCUGCGCGCGCGGCUAAACGACAAAGAGGGGGGUGCUGGAGGGGCGGGGGGACGAGCGGGUGACGGCAUGGGCGGAAGGGGGGCGGAGUAUUACGAAGGCGGGGAGAGCAGCAGAGAUGACAUGGGAGUGUGGGGGACCAGGGGGUAUGGCAGCAGCAGUGGUGCUGCUGCCAACUAUGGUGAUGAUCAAACGGACGGAAGGGAAGAAGCAGGAGGAGGAGGAGCGAUGGAAGAAGCGGGAUUCGCAGAUGCGAUGAGGAAAAAGAAGCUGGGGAGGAGAGCCAGUCAGCCGCCGACCAUAUUUGGAUCAGCUCUAGCGGCGGCAGCAGCAGUAGACAGCGUUGAUCUGAACGGGUUUAGAGAUCACCAAGGAGAACUGGCUGGGAGUGAGGGUUUUGGGUUAGGACGGUUAAGAUUAGGGUUAGGGUUGGGGUUUGGGCGGUUGCGUGCUGGGAGUGAAGGUGAGGUGAUGAAGGUGCUGGGCGAUGUGGACAUGCUUAUAGAGCGAUGCAUGGAAAUGCUUAUAGAGGAGUUCAAGGAUAGCCUCGUGAAGCACUGCAAGGCGUUUGAGGUGCCCAUGGCAAAGGCUGUUUUGGACCUCAGUGUCCGAUCUGCUUCGCCUCUCCCCCGCUCUGUGUCUGCUGGUGAUGGUGCUCUUGGUUCUGGGGCUGCUGCUGCUGCUGCUGCUGUUGCUGCUGAUUCUGGUGGGGUCAGCAGUGGACACAGCAUAAGCAACUCGCGGUACAGCAAGAGCCUAUCUGCUAUUGAUGAUGAGGGGGGGAGUUAUGCCGUGGAAGUAGAAGAUACCUUUGCAGCGGAAUCCCAUGCGAGGAUAGGUGCAAAUGCUAGCGGAAACCAUGGUGCUUGUGCUCAAAACGAGGCUGCCACAAAUGGGGAUGAGGAUGACGAUGGGGGGGGUUCCUCCAAUUUCACGUUCUCUCCUCUCUCAGACACAUCAGGCUCGGGAAGCUCUGCUUCGGUGUCCCGAAGCACCCGGGCAGCUGCAAAAGACAUCCCGAGUCUGCUGCCGUCUCCAGUCCAGAUGUCCGGACCUGCGUCUAUUGUGAGUGCCGUGUCUGCGAUCCACGCCCGGAAGAACCGAACCUCAAAAUUGGUUCGGGCUGAAUCAGACGCAGCAGCGGAAGGAGCGCGCCGGUUCUCACGCCGGGAAAGGGAGCAGCAGAAAAAGCAGCAGGAGGGGGAUCGGCAGCAGGUUCAGGAGGAAGAGGAUUUGUAUCCGCUCCCGGACCUGCCGAGUCAGGCUCGGCAGAGCCGAGCCAGCAGGCACGGUCGGUCUCAGUCUGCUGCAGCGAAUUUCACAAUAGUAGUACCACGGAGAAGCAUGAGAGGGGCGUUAAGUGGGGAAUCCGGAACAAAUGUGACUGUAACAGGAUCUCCUGCUGGUGGGGCGGGGGCAGGGGCGGCAGGGGCAGGUGCAGGGGGGUUGAGAGCAGGAACCGGGGGGACGGAGCCCCUUCCCCCUUUAGGGGGAGCGAGAGGGCGGAAGGGGGACUCUGGUCCAUUGGCAAGACCAAGGGGAGUUGGGGGAGGGGGAAUAGGAGGAGCAGUGGGUAGGAGUGAGAGAGGAGGGGGGAUGGAGGGGGAUGGGCAGCAGCAGUUGGUGCCAUGGUUGCCUGUGAAGGCUGUGCCUUCUCUGGAGAGAAUCGCUCAGCAGCUAGCUGAUGGGGGCAAAGCGAAAGAGUGUUUGGUCGAGUACUGCGCACUGCGGGCAACAGCCCUUGAAGCAGCCAUAGCAGCUCUGGAGAUGGGGGAAGUGCGCGCCCCUGCCCUCUCCGCCCUGCCUUGGAGUUCCCAAGAGGCCUUUCUCAAGGCCUGGAUGGACGUGCUGCUAGUAGCGGAGCGCUUCCUCUGCGACAGCGUGUUCCUCUUCUCCCACACCCUCUCCACCCGCUCCUUCCGCCGCAUUGUGCGGCGAGCAGCAGCGCUGAAGCAGGCGCUGCAUCUGCUGUGCGGCAACGCUGCUGCCAUCUGCUCCUCUGAUGAGCAGCCGGAGAAGCUGUUCAGUCUGCUGGAUAUGAUUCAGGCCACCCAGGACCUUGGGUCACAGAUGGAAGAUGUGCUGAUGGCAGCAGGUAUGGAAAAAGCCCAUGAGCAAUGGAAGAAGCUGCCAAAACUGCUGACAUCAUCAGCAAUAGCGUCCAUCGAUAAGCUCAAGGAGAGGCUGAACGAUGUGGGUGCAGCGCAGCAGGCUAUGGCUGUUGCAGCAUCGCCACGGUCUGCACAAAAGAUUUUCAGGUUGUGGAAGGCGCCAGCGGAGGAGAGGCCAAGGGAAGAGACGGAUGUGUCAGUACAUGCCAUCACCAGCUACACUGUCAACUACGUCAACCAGCUCCUGCGCAAAGACGGCUCCAAGUAUGCGCGCAUGCUGGAGAGCGUGUACAGGAGAAGAGGAGGGGAAACAGGCACAAGGAGAGUAUUAAACGAGGAGAUCAGUGACCUGCUGGCAGCGCUGCACCACAACAUGCAAGUGCGGGCAGAGGUCAUUGCAGAGAGUACUGUUGCUGCUCUCUUCAUGCUCAACAACACUGCCUAUGUCUCCAACUCUCUUGCAAGCACGAGCAUGAAGGAGGCUAUGAAACAGUCUGAGCGGCUCAAGGAGUGUGAACAAGCCUUUUUAGACGCUAUCACUGCCAAGGUGAGCCUCUUCGUGCGAGUAGAGCGCAUAUUCUUACAGCUCUUAGAUGCUAUUUAA